CAGCAGCUGUAUUUCUCCAGAGGAUACUGAAGGCAAUCAGCAGCAAAAAUACCGCCUCUAAGCCUUCUCCGUGUAUCCUUCCUACUGCAGGUCACAGGAACAUGAAGAUUGUUUCUCUGCAGGUCCUGUUUGUGCUGUGGGUCUUGUAUCUGGGGACCCUGACUGAAGGGCAACCUAAAGCACCUCUGAAGUGUUCAAAGGAGUGUGGCCGUUUUACAUUCAGCAUACCUGAGAAGCGAAUAAAAAGCUAUCGCAGAACUGAACCACAAUGCACCAAACAAGGCAUCAUAUUUAUUACUCAGAAAUCCUUGGAGAUUUGUGCAGAUCCAGGAGAGAACUGGGUGAAGAAGAUCAUAUGGAAAUUGAACCAGAGAAAGGCCUCAGCAACAUCCCCGCUUCCACAUGCUGACACUUCAGCAGCAGUGCCAGAAAAUCCUGGCAUUUUUCACAGACAUGUUGGUCUUACAGUAACAGCUUCACCUCAAGCUGCUGCUCCAACCAGUACUUUUCAAGGGGCUGGCAUGACAAUUCUGGAGGGUAUAAAUACUCCUAUUCUCAGGACAGAGAUGUCCAGCACACCCACACCAGCCAUGCCGUCCAUCACGCAGUUCUCUACAGGACCAUCCCCUGUGAUAUGGGAAAUUGCUGCCCACUCUGAAAAGAGUUCAGAGGCAAACAGAGAUUCCACAAAAGCUAUUUCACAUUCAACAGCUUAUGCAACCGGCACAGUCCCCAACCAGUCUAUUGCAUAUUCCAUGGCUCUUGUGCAUGGCUUGGAGAACUCUGUAGGAUCUACAGAAGAACCUGUAGGAGAUAAUGCAAAUGUUACAUCUGUUGUUCCAGAUAUGACUUCUCCUAGCUUGAAUUCAGACUCUGUGUCCACUACCAAAGCAUCAGACCAUUCAGUAGGUUCCACAGAUGAAUCCCUAGGCCUUACAAGUGCAAGAGCCAACACAUCAGACAUUGCUUCUAAGAGUCUUAAUUCAGAUCUUCCCUCCAUCCUAGGCAGUACUGAGAUUACCACAAUCCCUUCAACACCUUUUGCAUCUGUUCCACCAGAUGCUACUUCAAUUUCUACUUUAAACCCCACAACUGUCAUAGGUGAAGGUUAUUCUGUCCACACCACAAUUUUUUUGGGUUCCUGGACAGAUGCUUUUGAUACUAGAAUAUCUGAACAUUCAUCACCUUUAGGAAAGGAAGACCUUCCAGAUACAUCAGCGUUUACCAGUCAAACAUUCUCAAGCCAAGCCAGAGCACAGUUGACUACAAAAAGCCCAAAUGAUCCACCUUUUCCCAGCUUCUUAUCAAGAUCCCAAAUGCACUUUGUCAUCCCAGUUUGUCUGGUAGGUGGUCUGAUUGCUUGCAGUGCUGCUACUGUCUGGCUAUAUAAAAAAAUGGGAAUAAAAAAAAAAGCAAUGCCGAUGGAAAUGGUACAGGGUUUGCUCAACCAGCAGGAAGGACAUCAAGCCAAUGUCUAUCCAGUGGAAGUAAUCUGAAUGCUUUAUGGUAUGGACGUUUUUGUCAUAUAUCUGUUGUGUUGCUACAGGAAAGCUAAGUUUAUACUGAUCCGAUGACCAGUACAAAAUAAGCUAAGGAGUACAAAUACCAAAGAAAAUGUAUUUUUUUGCAGAGCAGAAUAUGCAAAAAUAUAUCUAAAUUGUCAUUAACCAAUGCUAGUAUUUUGGGAAUAAAUUACGUGCCUUUUUUUCUGGCACAGUAAUGUACAAACAUUAGAA